AUGUCAACGGGGCAGAGUGGGUUAUCCACAUCCGCUCAGUCGGCAUCAGUCGAACAAACAACAUCCAAACAACAGUCCACAUCGGCCGCACGAUUGGCAAUGAGCCGCAAGAACAUAACGGAAGAGAAAGGGGAUAACGCACGAUGGACACUGGAAUCGCAGCUAAAGGAAGAUCAGGAGUUACUACGAUCCAGAGGUCUACCACCCUACAAAUCACUCUCCCUCGCGUACGACCACCUCUCAGUCAGAGGAACAGGGGGUAUAGAUAAUGUAGAGUAUGGUAAAUCGCUCGGAACGUAUUUGUUACCCUGGCAGACCCUCAAAUAUCGUCGAAGGGCCGAACUAUUAUCCUCAACCAAGAAGAGUGACAAAAUCUCUACUUCCAAUGACGAUAAAGAAUCGUCUGAAGCCCACACACCAACCAAGGACGGUGAUCGUAUGGUCUGGUCGAAAGGGGAUCCGAUCCCUUCCAAAGGUCAAGAAGGAUUACGCAAGGGGGAACAUUAUUUGAUCAAGGAUUUUUCGGGAUUGGUCAAAUCAGGUGAAAUGAUGUUAGUCAUCGGUAGACCAGGAAGUGGAUGUACGACUUUCCUCAAAGCUUUGAGUGGGAAUAAAGAGGGAUAUGCAGGCUUAGAUGGUACUGUCUAUUACGGUUCCCUAGAUUCGAAGAAGAACCCAAAAAAUCUUGAACCAAUCAAAAGUGAUAUCAUAUUCAAUUCCGAGGAAGACUUGCACGAUCCGAAUUUGCUUGUUGGAAGGACAUUAGAUUUCGCAUUGAGGAUGAACACCCCCUCAAGCGGUACGAGACUACCUAAAGGGAUGGGUGGAGAUCCAAUGUCAAGGAAGGAAUAUCAGGAUAAAUCAAAGAAGGAAUUGUUGAAGAUGUUCGGGCUGGAACGUACCCAUGAUACUAAAGUAGGAGAUCAAUAUGUGAGAGGUGUUUCUGGUGGCGAAAAGAAACGAGUCUCCAUAGCCGAGGUACUCACUUCCAAAGCUUCCAUACAAAUGUGGGACAACGCCACUCGAGGGUUGGAUGCCGAUACCGCUCUGAGGUUUAUCAAGAAUCUCCGCACUUUCACGGAUAUCGAGAGACACACCAUGGUAGUGAGCUUGUAUCAAGCGGGCAACGGGAUAUACAACCUGUUUGACAAAGUAACGGUGAUCGCUGAAGGACGUAUAAUUUACUAUGGACCCAGGAGUGAAGCCCGAAAGUAUUUUGAGGAUCUGGGUUUCGUACAUCCAGAUGGGGGUAAUACAGCUGAUUUCUUGACGGCUGUUACCGCUACAAACGAACGAAAGAUCAGACCUGGCUACACAGGGCACAUGCCCACAACAGCAUCAGAAUUGGCAGCGAUCUACGCGAGAUCCUCGGUCGCGCAAUUGAUGAGGCAAGAGCUAGACGCCUACCUAUCAAGUAACGAGAAGGAUGUUGAAACUGAAAAUACCCGAAGUAUAAUACAACAUCAGAAAGACAAAUGGGCGAGGAAAGUUAGACCUGAAAAAGUCAAUUACGUAGCUCAGGUGAAAGCUGCGUUGAUCAGGGAUUAUCAGCAAAGAUGGGGUGAUCAAUGGACAUUCUGGGUCAGACCCGCUACAAUGGUAGCGCAGGCCUUGAUCGGUGGAUCGAUGUUCUACCAAAUGCCAGAGGAUACAUCCGGUCUAUUCUUGAGAGGGGGUGUGCUGUUCUUGACCUUGUUCUUCCCAUCUCUCAUGUCCCUCGGUGAGACAACAGCAGUAUUCACCGGUAGAUCAGUUCUUGCGAAACACAAAGGCUUCUCAAUGUAUCGACCAUCAGCUGUUCUCUUCGCCAAAACAAUAGGAGAUUUACCCAUCUUCGCUAUACAGAUAUUCCUGUUCACAAUCAUCAUCUACUUUAUGACCGGCUUACAAGUCGAUGCCGGAUUGUUUUUCGCGUUCUUGCUGUUUACGUAUAUGACCACGCUCUGCACGACAGCGUUGUUCAGGUUUAUCGGUUACUCCUUCAACACUUUCAACAACGCUUCGAAAGCUUCCGGAUUCGCUAUUCUCUUACUGUCUUUGUACGCCGGUUAUGCAAUUUACACUCCUGCAAUGCACCCUUGGUUCGCCUGGAUCAGGUGGAUAAACGUAUUCUACUAUGCCUUCGAAGCCAUGAUGAUCAACGAAUUGGACGGUCUUUCCUUGGCCUGUGUUUCACCGCAACUCGCACCGACUGGAGGGACAUACGAUCAAUUGACCCAAGGAUGUGCCUUAGCGGGCUCUUCACCAGGCUCAACGAUCGUAUCAGGUAGAGAUUGGGCAGCGGUCGCAUUGAGGUUUUACAAGAACCACGUGUGGAGGAAUUUCGGCAUUAUCACGGCUAUGUGGAUCUUCUUCCUGGCUUUAUGCGCAAUCAUGAUCGAACUCCUUCCUGCUGCCGGAACGACCAAAUCCAUGUUGCUGUAUAAGAGAGGUGGUGGUGGAAGAUAUAUCCGUGAAGCGAAGAAAAACGGCUCGUCGCCUAAGGAUGAAGAGGACGGUCCGUCUCAUACUCAGCUAUACAAUAAAUCAGCCCAUUCAUCGGAGGGUCAAGUGGGUAAUGGCGAAGUCCAUGCGGUCAACUCCGUACUUACAUGGAGAAGCCUGAACUACACCGUCAAUGCCAAUGGAAAACCCAAGAAGUUGUUAGACAACAUCUCAGGAUACUGCAAAGCAGGUACACUGACCGCUCUGAUGGGAUCUUCAGGGGCGGGUAAAACUACUUUGAUGGAUGUUUUGGCAUUGAGAAAGACAGAAGGUGAAAUCGAAGGUCAGGUGUUGAUGAAUGGUAGACCCCUCUCGGUAUCCUUCCAGCGAACCACAGGUUACUGCGAGCAGGUAGAUGUUCACUUGCCGCAAGCGACCGUCAGGGAGGCUCUCGAAUUUUCGGCAUUGCUCAGACAACCUAGAACGUUGACGAAUAAAGAAAAGUUAUCAUACGUCGAUGUGAUCAUCGAGCUUCUGGAAUUAAGAGAUAUCGAAGAUGCUCUGAUUGGUACCCCAGGGAACGGGCUGGAUGUAGAACAGAGGAAAAGACUCACGAUAGGUGUCGAACUCGUCAGCAAGCCUACUUUACUUUUCUUGGACGAACCGACAUCUGGAUUAGAUGGUCAAAGCUCAUAUCUCAUCGUGUCAUUCCUAAGGAAAUUGGCUGCUGCGGGUCAAGCUGUACUUUGUACGAUCCAUCAACCUUCAGCCGCCUUGUUCGCUCGGUUCGAUCAAUUGUUGCUGUUAAAAGGUGGUGGUAAGACUGUGUAUUUUGGAGCGAUCGAUGAGAUGAAUUCGUAUUUCGAGAGAAACGGAGUAUCCAUGCCUAAAGAGAUCAACCCCGCAGAAAGGAUGAUAGAUAUCGUUUCAGGCGAUUUAUCCCAGGGUAGGGAUUGGGCACAAAUAUGGUUGGAUUCUCAAGAAUCUAAGGAUCGCUUGAAUGAACUAGAGAAGUUGAAAGAGGAUUCGUCAAAAGUGGAUAUUCAGAUUGAAGGAGAACAUUACGAGUAUGCUUCGCCAGCUUGGCUACAGUUGAAACUGGUCUCGAAGAGAGCUUCCAUCCAACUUUGGAGAGAUACCGAAUAUGUGUUCAAUAAAAUUGCUUUACACGUCGCUGCAGCUCUGUUGAACGGUUUCUCGUUUUGGAAGAUUGGUGAUACAUAUGCGGAUCUUCAAAAUCGAGUGUUUUCCACAUUCAUGUAUGUGUUCGUGGCUCCCGGUGUCAUCCAUCAAACCCAACCGAAAUUUAUCCAUAAUCGAGAUAUCUUCGAAGCGAGAGAGAAGAAAGCCAAACUGUAUGCCUGGUGGGCAUUCUGUUUCGGGGAAAUCGUAGCGGAAAUUCCCUACCUGUUAAUCUGCGCUCUACUUUACUUCGCACCUUGGUACCCUACCGCCGGACUAUCUUUCAAACCUGGAGUAGCUGGUCCAGUCUAUCUUCAGAUGACAUUCUACGAGUUCCUCUAUACCGGUAUAGGUCAAUUCAUCGCUGCUUAUUCCCCUCAUGAGGUAUUUGCAUCACUUGUGAAUCCAUUGCUCAUCGGAAUUCUUAUCAUGUUCUGUGGUGUCCUCGUACCAUACUCCCAGAUAACCGCUUUCUGGCGAUACUGGUUAUAUUACUUAAACCCCUUCAACUACUUGAUGGGAGGACUGGUAUCUCGGAUCUUGUGGGAUGUGGAAGUACGCUGUGCGGAAGAUGAAUUCGGUGUAUUCGAUCCUCCUCCUGGAAGCGGUAUGACCUGCGGUGAAUAUAUGACACAGUUCUUAGCGAAAGCUCCAGGUUAUCUGAAUAAUCCAGAAGCUGCGAGUGGUUGCCAAUACUGUACGGUCGCAAAAGGUAGUUCGGCCCUUGAGGCACUGGGGUUGGGAGAGAAAUCGGAUGGUUGGAGGGAUAUAGCUAUUACAUUCCUGUUCUGUCUGAGUUCGUACGCUUUGGUUUUCCUUUUACUUAAAUUACGAAGUAAACAAUCGAAAAAGGCAAAAUGA